GCUGCUAUGGAUCAGUGUGAGGACCCAGAGGAGGGAGUCCCUCCAUCUACAACCUCUCUGUGUGGAGAACAGGAAACUCUGAGGAUGAAGAAGCAGAGACCAGACUCUCCCGGACCCAGCUGUGUGUCCAUAAAGAGUGACUGGUCUAAAGGUUUUCCCCCUGAGUUUAAAGAUGGACAUCCUGCUGAUGGAAGGAUGAAGAAGCAGAGACCAGACUCUCCUGGACCCAGCUGUGUGUCCAUGAAGAGUGACUGGUCUAAAGGUUUUCCCCCUGAGUUUAAAGAUGGACAUCCUGCUGAUGGAAGGGAUCAACUGGACAGCUCAGAGGUUCACAGUGAUCAGUCAGCCCAGCAGAAUCCAACAGACCUGGACUCCACAUUUAUGCUGCUGGAGGAGAACAUUGUCACCUUUGUGAAGAAGGAGCUAAAGAGACUCCAGAGGGUUCUCAGUCCAGAUUACCCAGAAUGCUUUGAGAGUCAAAGUGAAGAUGAGGAGCAAAUGGGAAGCUGCAAAGAAGCAUUUGUGAAGAUCACUCUCCAUUUCCUGAAGAGAAUGAAGCAGGAAGAGCUGGCUGACUGUCUGCAGAGCAGGACUGUUGCUUCAGUGUGCCAACAGAAACUGAAGUCUAACCUGAAGGAGAAGUUCCAGUGUGUGUUUGAAGGGAUUGCUAAAGCAGGAAACCCAGCCCUUCUGAAUCAGAUCUACACAGAGCUCUACAUCACAGAGGGAGGGACUGGAGAGGUCACUGAAGAACACGAGGUCAGACAGAUCGAAACAACAUCCAGGAAAGCACACAGAGCAGAAACUACCAUCAGACAGGAAGACAUCUUUAAAGGCUCCCCUGGAAGAGAUGAACCAAUCAGAACAGUGAUGACAAAGGGAGUGGCUGGCAUUGGGAAAACAGUCUUAACACAGAAGUUCACUCUGGACUGGGCUGAAGGCAAAGCCAACCAGGACAUCCAGUUCACCUUUCCAUUCACUUUCAGAGAGCUGAAUGUGCUGAAAGAGAAAAAGUUGAGCUUGGUGGAACUUGUUCAUGCCUUCUUUCCUGAAACCAAAGAAGCAGGACUCUGCAGGUUUGAAGAGUUCCAGGUGGUGUUCAUCUUUGACGGUCUGGAUGAGUGUCGACUUCCUCUGGACUUCCACAACAAUGAGAUCCUGACAGAUGUUAGCCAGUCCUCCUCAGUGGAUGUGCUGCUGACAAACCUCAUCAGGGGUAAACUGCUUCCAUCUACUUGCCUCUGGAUAACCACACGACCUGCAGCAGCCAAUCAGAUCCCUCCUGAGUGUGUUGACAUGGUGACAGAGGUCAGAGGGUUCACUGACCCUCAGAAGGAGGAGUACUUCAGGAAGAGAUUCAGAGAUGAGGAGCAGGCCAGCAGAAUCAUCUCUCACAUCAGGACAUCCCGAAGCCUCCACAUCAUGUGCCACAUCCCGGUCUUCUGCUGGAUCACUGCUACAGUUCUGGAGGAUGUGCUGAAGACCAGAGAACAAGGAGAGCUGCCCAAGACCCUGACUGAGAUGUACAUUCACUUCCUGGUGGUUCAGACCAAAGUGAAGAACAUCAAGUAUGAUGGAAGAGCUGAGACUGAUCCACUCUGGAAUCCAGAGAGCAGGAAGAUGAUUGAGUCUCUGGGAAAACUGGCUUUUGAGCAGCUGCAGAAAGGGAACCUGAUCUUCUAUGACUCAGACCUGACAGAGUGUGGCAUCGAUAUCAGAGCAGCUUCAGUGUACUCAGGAGUGUUCACACAGGUCUUCAGAGAGGAGAGGGGACUGUACCUGGACAAGGUGUUCUGUUUCAUCCAUCUGAGUGUUCAGGAGUUUCUGGCUGCUCUUCAUGUCCAUCUGACCUUCUACAACUCUGGAGUUAUUUUGGUGGCAGAGAAGAAAACAAAAGCCUGGAAGUUGAAGGUUAUAGAUAAAACUGAGCUUACACAUUUCUACCAGACAGCUGUAGACCAGGCCUUAAAGAGUCCAAAUGGACACCUGGACAUGUUCCUCCGUUUUCUGGUCGGUCUUUCUCAGGAUACCAAUCAGAACCACAUCAGAGGUCUACUAAACCAGAGAGCAAGCAGCUCAAUCACCAAUCAGAAACUACUAAAGUGCAUCAAGAAGAAGAUCAGUAAAAAUCUGUCUGCAGAGAAAAGCAUCAAUCUGUUCCACUGUCUGAAUGAACUGAAUGAUGGUUCUCUAGUGGAGGAGAUUCAACACUUUCUGGGAUCAGGACAUCUCUCCACAGAUAUGCUCUCUCCUGCUCAGUGGUCAGCGCUGGUCUUCAUUUUACUGUCAUCAGGAAGAGAUCUGGACGUGUUUGACCUGAAGAAAUACUCUGAUUCAGAGGAGGCUCUUCUGAGGCUGCUGCCAGUGGUCAAAUCCUCCAACAAAGCUCUGCUGAGUGGCUGUAACCUAUCGGAGAGAAGCUGUGAAGCUCUGUCCUCAGUCCUCAGAUCCCAGUCCUCUAGUCUGAGACACCUGGAUCUGAGUCACAACAACCUGAAGGAUCCAGGAGUGAAGAGGCUGUCUGAAGGACUAAAGAGUUCAGACUGUAGACUGGAAACUCUCAGUCUGUCAGGCUGUCUGAUCUCAGAAGAAGGUUGCGUAUCUCUGGCCUCAGCUCUGAGCUCCUCCUCCCACCUGAGAGAGCUGGACCUGAGCUUCAAUCAUCCAGGAGAAGGAGGAGAGAAGCUGCUGUCUGCUCGACUUGAGGAUCCAGACUGCAGACUGGAGACACUGAGGCUGGGCCAUGGUGGACUGCACAGACUGAGGCCUGGUGUGAGGAAGUACGCCUGUGAGCUGAGAGUGGACACAAACACAGUGAGCAGAAACCUCAGACUGUCUGACAACAACAGGACGAUGACAUGGGUGAGGGAGUGUCAGUCAUAUCCUGAUCAUCCAGACAGAUUUGAUCACUGGCCUCAGCUGCUGUGUCGGACUGGUCAGACUGGUCUAACUGGUCUAACUUGUCGUGGUUACUGGGAGGUUGAGUGGAAAGGAGAAGUUUCUGUAUCAGUGAGUUACAGAGGAAUCAGAAGGAGCGGAGACUUUAAUAAAUGUGUGUUUGGAUUUAAUGAACAGUCCUGGAGUCUGAUCUGCUCUGAUGAAGGUUACUCUGUCCGUCACAAUAAGAGAGUAACAAGAGUUUUCUCCUCCUCCUCCUUCUCCACCUCAGUCUCUGGCAGAGUAGCAGUGUAUGUGGACUAUGAUGCUGGCUCUCUGUCCUUCUACAGAUUCUCCUCUGACACACUGAUCCACCUCCACACCUUCAACACUACAUUCACUGAACCUCUCUAUCCUGGGUUUAGGAUCUGGUAUCUUGGUUCCUCAGUGUCUCUAUGUGGUGUGUCAAUCUGAGAAACACCGCUGACUGGGAGGUUAAUGGCAGGGCAUGGGAACAUGAUGGCCUGAGACAACUUUGAUUCGUUCACACCUAGAGGAGGAAUCUUUCAGUAUACCUGACUUGAAUUUGUACGUUGAUGUUGUAACAAAAGAAAGGAUCCUGAAAUGAAAAACUUUUCCACUGAACCGGGAGCGGCCAAAAGAAAUUAAGCCUUUGAACUGAGAGCCUAACUAGCUCAAGCUAGCGGCAAGCUAACUGGCUCAGCAGACUUUUGCAGACUCUUUGAAUUGACUCCAAGCACAGUAAUAUUGUUGAAUCCUUUUAAGAAGUGCUCAGUCCUGCCAAUUUGCCCUCUAUAACAUCAAGAGGAUCAGACCCUACUUGACAGAACAUGCAACACAGCUCCUGGUACAGGUUCUUGUAAUAACACGCAUUGACUACUGCAACUCAUUACUGGCAGGCCUCCCUGCAAGCAGAGCUGAACCUCUGCAGAUGAUCCAGAACGCAGCAGCACGUCUGGUCUUCAACCAAUCCAAGACAGCUCAUGUAACUCUUCUUUUAAUCUCUCUACACUGGCUUCCAGUUGCAGCUUGCAUCAAAUUCAAAACUCUGAUCAUUGCUUACAAAGCAGUGACUAAAACUGCUCCUGUUUACCUGGAAUCCCUCAUCCAGGUCUACAC